AUGCGUUCCGCCAUCUUCGCCGCCGCUUUCGCGACCACCGCCCUCGCGGCCAACACUGCCCGUGCCGCCAAGUGCAUGAGCGACUCCCAGGCCCAGCAUGUCGCGGACAACUUCAGGACCCUCAUCGCCGACUACAGCGACGACCUCGCCGACAAGACCAUGACCACCGACUUCACCGACUACUCCGCCGGCGUCAACACCCUGAUCAACAGCGGCUGCACCGGCCCGCAGGACCUCAACGGCCCGACCUUCUCCUCCCUCGAGGAGUUCAAGGCCGGCCAGGGCUCUCAGCCAGCCAUCCCCUUCGAGCAGCUCAACAUCUGGCACACGUGCGACACCGUCAUCAUCCGCUGGCGCUCCGAGGGCCCGGGCCAAGAGCCUGAGCCCGUGACCGGCAACAUUGUCAUCGAGGCCACCCCCAACAAGCCCAGGAAGGCCAAGUCCGAGCCGUGGUUGAUCCAGACCGUCUACUCUGAGUUCAACUCCGGCGCCUGGCUCGUCAACCUCGGCGUGUUCGAGCCAACCUGCCCUGCUCCCCCACCACCGGGCGUCAAGCGCUCCAUCGGCAUCUAA